AUGGGCGACUCUACCGAACAAUCCAAGUCGGCGUUGAAGAAGGCUGAGAAGGCCGCGAAGAUGGCAGCUCAGAAAGCUGAGAAGGCGGCCAAGCAGGCUGCCCUGCCCAUCCAGAGCAAGAAGGACGACAUUAUUGGUAUUACCGCCAAGAAGGGGGAGAACUUCAGCGCCUGGUAUCAAGAAGUUGUCCAGAAGGCCGAGAUGGUGGAGUACUACACCGAGAUCAGCGGUUUCUUCGUCAUGCGUCCAAACACCAUGUACAUCUGGAAUACUAUCCGAAAAUGGUUUAAUGAGCGCAUUGAGGCUGCCGGUGUCGAGGAAUGCAACUUCCCCAUGUUCCUCAGCUCUACAUCACUGCAGAAGGAGAAGGACCACGUUGAGGGUUUUGCCCCAGAACUCGCGUGGGUCACCAAGGCUGGUGAGAAGGACCUCGAAGUGCCGGUUGCCGUUCGCCCAACUUCCGAGGCGGUGAUGUAUCCCUACUACUCCAAGUGGAUCAGGAGUCAUCGUGAUCUUCCCCUGAAGCUCAACCAGUGGGUAUCAGUUGUGAGAUGGGAGGCUAAGCAGACAGUGCCCUUCCUGCGCGCAAGAGAGUUCAUGUGGCAAGAAGGUCAUACUGCUUUCGUGUCAGAGGAGCAAGCAGGAAAGGAAGUUCUGGAAAUUCUCGAGUUGUAUGCCGGUAUCUACGAGCAACUGCUCGCAGUGCCAGUCGUCAGAGGCAAGAAGACCGAGGCUGAAAAGUUCGCCGGUGGCUACUACACCACCACCGUUGAGGGUUACAUCCCAAGCAAUGGCAGAGGCAUCCAGGGUGCCACAAGUCACUGCCUUGGCCAGAACUUCUCCAAGAUGUUCGACAUCACUGUCGAAGACCCCACCAACAAGGGCCAAAAGAUUCACGUCUGGCAAAACAGCUGGGGUCUGUCAACGAGAGUGAUCGGUGUCAUGGUCAUGAUCCACGGUGAUGACAAGGGUCUUGUCCUCCCACCACGCAUCGCCAAGACCCAGGCCAUCCUGAUCCCCGUUGGGUUGACGGCUAAGACCACCCCAGAGGACAAGGAGAAGCAUCUCGACCGCAUGUAUGAGUUGCUGGCAAUUCUCAAGAAGGCUGGCGUUCGCACCGAGAUCGACACCCGCGAGGGCUACACCCCAGCCUGGAAGUUCAACGACUGGGAGAUGAAAGGCGUUCCCGUCAGACUUGAGUUCGGUCCCAAGGAUGCGGCCAAGGACGUUGUCUCCUUCGCCCGCCGUGACACCGGCGAGAAGGGCACCAUACCCAUUGGCGAGCUCACCACCAAGGUCCCGGAGCUCCUCGAGACCAUCCAGCAAGACAUGUACAACAAGGCCGAGAAGACCUUCCGCGAGCAUCGCGUCAAGAUCACCAACUGGGACGAGGUUGUCCCCGCUCUCGAUGCCAAGAACGUUGUCAUCAUCCCCAGCUGCUUGGUCCCCGCCUGCGAGGACAGAAUCAAGGAGCUCACUCGUGGCGAGGAUCUUCCCGAGGGCCCUGACGGCCAGAAGGUGCCAUCUAUGGGCAUGAAGUCACUUUGCAUUCCCUUUGAGCAGCCGGAGGGUCUGGUCAAGGGUGAGACCAAGUGCUUGAACCCAGAGUGUGGUCGCCUUGCCGAGUCUUUCUGCAUGUUUGGUCGCUCUUACUGA